AUGUCUCAAACGAGGACAGUUCGUCCCCCCUUCAACCCUCUCAUCAACCUGGUACAUUCCAAACCGGUACUCGUGGAAGAGCACAUCGAGUCUCAGCGCCAUAUUCUACUAUCGCGACCAUAUUGCGGAGCGCUGCUUUUCGAAAAUAGCUCUUCUGAUGCUCGCGACCACUGCGCCAAUGAGCGCACUUUUCUCUCAUGGCUCCGUCUCUCUAUGUAUUUGGCCAUCGUGUCAUUGGCUAUCAUUAUCUCAUUUCACUUUCGGGAACAACCAACCGUCCUGGAGAGGCGCAUGGCCUUGCCUCUCGGCAUUAUCUUUUGGGUGCUCAGCUUGACUUGUUUAGCGAACGGCUUUGCUAAUUACUCGCGCACCGUGAUGAAGUAUGCUCGCAAGGCAGCUUUGGUGCAAAGUGGGUGGAAGACCCAGGUUGUCUUUACGGUGGUUGGGAUCGUGAUUCUGGGCAGUUGCAUUUUGUUUUUGUCGACCGAUCCAAAGGCUCGGUGA